GGGGAAUUAGAUUGGAGAUUCUUCGACCCGUUCCUCUAUUUCCGAAGACAAGGACCACACUGAGUGCUACACUGCGCAUCAUGUUGAUUUCCUUUUGGGACAAAAAUGAAAAUUCGUCGUCCUCGUCCACCACCUGCACCACCGAGACGUGUAAACUCUUGUGCUGCUUGCUGAGACCCAAGAACCAACCACUACUACCAAACCAAGGAAGAUCAUGGGCGCCAAGCAAUCCGGUGAACGGAGCGUGGAAGGCGCUCACGUGAGUGGGGCUCGAAAGAGUUGGAACUUGUAUGAAAAUGAUGGGGCAAAAGACGCCUUCGACAUCGUGGACCUGGACAAAUUCUACAAGAAUUGGGAGAAUAACCUGUUGCCAGCGGGAUUAAGGUAUCGUUGGAACCUUUAUUAUUUAUUAUAGCGCAAUGAUCAUUUUUCUUGAUUUGAAGAAUAGUUAGAUGGUCUCCCAUCGCUGUUACUCUUACUCAGCUCCACCAGUACAUCAUAACAAAUAGAAUACGACUCAGAUCUUCACAUAACAAACACAAUAUUAUCAGAUCUUCCAUCGGCGGUCUCCAGGACUCCUAUCCUGGUAUCCUAGGAGAGCAAGAUGGCGUCAAGAUUCCAUCACGUCUUCCAGUGGAUUAUUGCAGUCGGCCAGCCACAUGCACGGUGUUUCUCAAGGUCCCAGGCACUCGAGAGGCGCAGGCAGAGUUGAAAUUAAACGAGCGCAUGCCGCUGCACCAAUUGCAGCAUGACUUGACGUUGUACUUUAGCGGGUUGCUGUCUUUGGGGUAUCGGCACAUCGACUUUAAAUUAAGACUCCUGGUGCCGGAACAAAUGAAUCUCACAUUAAUUUUGAAAAGCCUCUUGGACGACCUUCGUUCAGUAAAGGGAAAACGCGGGUCCACCUCCAGGACGACUCUCAAGAUGGAUAAUUCCCAACAGAUUGAUUGAUCUAAUUAUAGUGAUCCGACCCUUUGUUGAAGUGGCGUUCGUGUCGCCAGGUGCUGCCACAGGUGGCUACGACAUUAUCCUCAAGGAACAGAUGAAAAACAGUGAGUUCCCAUCCGAUCGUGACGCAGCGAGGGUGCUGUAUUGGGCAGUGGCGAUUGAGGUACUCAGUUGCAAGAAGACGUGUUUCUACUUCUACUUGAACUUGAUUUUCGAUGAAGUAUUUCUAGUUUUCAAUCUUGCUCGGUCUUCAUCAACUUCAUUUCACCCACUUUUCCUAGGGUUCCGUCAACGAAAUAGCCGAUGAGCUUGCCAGCUGGAAAAAGCAGAUUCAGUCGGGCAUAGAACCAAGACACGUGCUGGAUAAGAUGAAGAAGAAAAAGAUGUCAGCCAAAAUGAUCAAGGAAGUACAUCAAUUUGCUUUAGAUUACAAAGCAAACGCGAAGAAGCGCGGGAGAAGAAAAGCAGCACGGGAAUUAGGUUUAAAUUGGAGCUAUCGCUGGGUUCACGAAGCGGCAAAAGUAGGAACCCGCCAGACUGGUGGGAAUAUUAUGAGCAGGCAGAAGGAGUCCAAUUCCUUUUCCUAAAUAGUAUCAUGAUUCCUCCGUUCUUUUUAGAUCCCGUAGUUGCGUUAUUAUCACCUCAUCAUGAAGAUGAAAAUUUCCUGGCACCCGCACCCUUCCCCUAGCCCACGCUAAUACCAGACCUUCAGUAUUGAGUCCGCCGCCAGCAGCAGCAACUGGUCGAGAAAUCGGAGGAAGGAGUAGGAGCGUUAGUCGCGAAGUUGGCCAAUCACAUCGUCCUCCUGCGCAACAAUUAAGGCUUCCCCGAAUCCAUCUUCAGAACGAAGCUUCUCGAAGCUGCCUGUCCCAUAGGGGAAAAUAGACCCGAAUCAAUCUCCAGAACGAAGCUUCUCGAAGCUGCCUGUCCCAUAAGGGAAAAAUAGACCCGAGAGGGAUCUCAGGAUGGAUUCACUAGGGUCGUGACGUGACCGCUAAAACAAGCUGGAGAAAAUGACGGUUCAUGGUUACUUCGUAACGGCUCGGGAUUUACAACGGCUUAUGCCGUUCGAGACAUGUUUCUACGACUGCUGCAAGACGAAGAGUUAGAGGCGAUUCGAGUCAGAAUUCAAAAGAAAGCAAUCGAAUUGGGUUAUGGCCUGAGAAACAUGAUUUCUAUGUAUAACAGUGUUCGCUAAUUCCCGCCCACUUUACUACGUACUACCUUCAACUUCUCAACCUCGUCAUUCUCGAGGAACAACAUCGUGGUUCUACUCUACUUCUACUACCUCCUGGUCUAACCAUCGAGCGAUGAGGGUGCUGCGGCAUUUGUAGCAGGCUGGGCGGACUUAGGGGAGGAAGAAGGGAAACAGGACAAACCUCCGCCAAUUCCAGACGCAGGGGUUAGCCCUGAAGUCCUUCUCCCCUUCCUCACAGUGGAGAAAGUAGAAAACGACAGCGUGAAGGACUUUCUGCUAUGGCGAGGAUGGAUCUUCAACAAGUGGAGUCUACUUGACUGAUGUUCAGUCUAAAUUAUAGAAUAUCACCUCUUCAAGAAGUUCAGUCUAAAUAUUUAAAUUAUAGAAUAUCUUCACCUCUAUCCCUAGGGUUAUCCCUUCAAACAAUAUCUUCGAGGAGUCGGAGUCCUACUUCAACUUCCUCUUCUGGGUGGAGACGAGUUCUAACUCUGCAAUCGGCCCUCGUGUCCAUGGUCCGUGACAAACCUGGAAGAAUGGUGCGGUGUUUGAAGAUCGCCUCUGACCUGUUGGCCAGAAGUAUUGCCUUGGACGAUUCGGCGACACAAAGGAUCUUCUUUGGAAUGGACAGGGAUCAACGCGAACUGUUCGUAAUUGGAGCAAAACAGCGAUUGUUAAGGCUACCUUUUUUUUUGAUUUCUGCAAGGGGAGCGAGUGACAUGUGGAAUAGAAAUUAGAUCGUGCAUUCAUCGGUUAGAGAAAUGAACGUCGGCUGUUGAUGACUUAUCAUUUGUUUUUGUUUUUGAUCGGUCUUGGUGUUGGUAAUAAAUUGCAGUACGCGAACUUUUCGUAAUUGGAGCAAAAGUACACACUGAGCAAUAUAACGACCUCUAAGAUUGCGCGACUUGUACGUCCAAUUCGACAACGGCCAGUUGGAAAGACGUGAGUUCGGGCACAAAGUGGAGUCGAUGGCGCAACAGAUCACACAUUUCAUAGUUAUGCUUUUUUGGCUGUUGGCAAUGGUUCUGAUGCUUUGAAGAAAGGUAAGAACUAUAGUUCGAUGUGAAGAACAGCACACGAUGAACAGGAACAAUAAACUGUUUCGUGCUGUCGGACUCACAAUUAUACUCAACAAGUUGAGACGAGGUUUUUUUUCCUAAAGAUCGAGAAGAUUCGAUUGCAAUUAUAGCACUCUUGGUCAACUUGCUGAACAAGGUCAAGAUCAUCGGGGUUUUUAUUUUUUGGCAACUACAUUAUAGCACUCUAACGGGAACACGGUCGUCCUUCCCUGUUUGACCUUCUUUGACGUGACGCUCGAGAUCCGGACGAGAGAAGAUCUCGCGUUGCUUGGGCGAAAUCUAGAUCACAACUGCUUUGUCACGGAGAAGUUCGAACUAAACGGAGAAGAGUUCAGCCCAGACGAUUUCGUCAAAGCAGCUGGCGCCAUGAGGAAUGCCCGUCAACAGGCGGCGGGGGUUUUGACCUCAUUGCAAGUCGAGGCAAUCUGCGUCGCAGAAAUCAGGAAACAGGAGGCAGCGAAACUAAGCUAUGUUGAUGGUCCGGAAACAACAGCUAUGGCAGCUAUGAUGGUCACCAGCUAUAGACAGUAGAUGAUGUCGGUACCGAGGUGAGCAGGGCACCGCGAUCAUGGGUUCAAGCACACUCUAACAAAGGGAACGCUGGUGGCGAGCCUGGAGGAGGAGGUCCGGAUGAUAUAAGCACUGAAGAAGAUACUGCGUCAGGCACUAGCAAAGGGAGCUCCUCCAAAGGACCUGUACAGAAGCAUCAGGCGGGCACAUUCAUGCUACUGGAGCAUUUGUUGAGCCGAACCGAAAUACCCUCCAAAAUCGUGAUGACGAAGGUAACAUCGGAGACGAACAGGGAGUUGGUGGCGAAAUGUUAAGAAACUACAUGAACUACAUGAACUAUACAUGAACUACAUGAACCACGAUGAGAUCAACUACAUGAACUACGAUGGGAUCAACUAAAAGGAACUACAUGAACUACGAUGGGAUCAACUAAAAGGAACUACGUGAAUCGUGGUUAGGGAAAUCUUGCUAGGUAUAAAAAUGUUGCCGGGGAGGUACAGGUAUUCUCUUCAACCUCCCAAUAGAUUUACAUUUACAUUUAGUUUUAGACCCUAUAGAUGAUGAAAUAAAUCAACACUUGAAGAAUGAAGAAGUAGGGUUGACGCCAGAGAAGUCGAGAGCUUCCACACCCUCUCUUCUCUAAUGCGAGGUUGGAUGGAAAGCUGAUUGGUUUCGAUACCUUUGCUGCAUGGCUCUCCAUCACGAUAGGAAGCAGAUUUUGAAGAACAGCAUCCUGGCAAGAUAUUGCUACAUUAUGGUGGAACUGGAAGGCGUUCGUGAUUUAAAACAUUUUGAUUCUAAUGUUACUAGAAAUUGUGAGGGCGAUCGCGAUAGCAAGUUAGUAAGGGCAAUACAGAUAAAGCAUUCGCACAACGAAAGACGUCCCUUAAACCUUAAAUCUAUCAAUCUUUUUCAACAUCAGCUACGGCAUUAAGACGCAACUUGCGUAGUUUACGAAUCGAUAAUCACAUCUUGCUUCCUUCAUCCCCUCAGAGAGUCUCCGAUUGGCCAGUAGUGUGCUGACCGACAAGCAGGUGAGCUACGAAAGUAUCGUCACACGUCUCAAUUUCGCUGUCUACUAUGCCAGCGUAGAGCGGGACUACAGAAAAGCAGCGCUAGUGGCAGAAAAGGCUGUGAAAAUAGUCGAUCGAGCUUCCAGUUUUGACGAUCCCGAGUUAUACACCCCACGAACAACGAUUCUUGUGCAGAAUCUCUACCUUACGAAAGGGUAGGUUAAUAGUUCUAGUACAGCUUCAACAGGACUGAGCACUUCUUCAGGAGAAUUUUACACUAGUAGGGGGUUCCUGUUACCGUUUGUUUUGCCUCUCCUAACAAGGGAGAAAGGCAGAUCAAACGGGAAACAGAAACACCAAGACCCUACCUCUAAGUACCGCCUGCAGAGAACUUUGUGCUCUCAUGUAGUGGUCAUGAGUGUGACCAUCAGCGAUUGGGAUGUGCUGUCUUUGCUCAGAGACGCGGGAGAUUCCGCAGUGGGGAACGAACCGGAGGGCGAUUAUGAUUGAAGAUGAUAUCGUCUAAGAGGCUCACUUAGUUAGAUCAAGCCUCACCAAGAAGGAUGAACUCAUAGUCUAAUACAAGAAGACGCAACCUUUAGACUAUGAGACUGACCAUGCAAUCUUUAGACUAUCUCGUUACAACUAGGACCCCUGCCGUUGCUUCAUACUCUCGACGAUGACGCAAGAGGCGCAGCGCCAAAAUUGAAACCUUUGACAGCUGGCGGCACUACCUAUACAGGCGGCGAUGAGGAAGAGGAGGACGGCUCUAGUAGUAGCGCUCUUGGUACAGCGAGAGAGAUGGUGCAGAUUUAUGGAAUAACGCAAAAAAAGCGCUUUUUUGUACUUUGUUCGUCUCAGAAUGAAAAUUUUCCAUUUUGAGGCGAAUAUUGCCCAACUGAUCCCGGGGCUUCCUGUGCGUUUUUUGGCUAAAAGACCGCUUUUCUAUGUUCGCUUUUAGCAUGGUGUUACUCCAUAACAUGCACCUACGGAUAUAACAACUCCUCUUGUUCAUACCAAUGCCCUCGACGACAAUCAAAGAGCAGGCGGCUCUCUUUGGCGUGACUGGGCCAAUAUGUGCUGUGGGUUGAGCGGACGACAGGAAGAACUCGCUGGGAGCCGUCAAGGUUCGAAGGACCCACCAUUAUUAAGGCUCUCUCAUUCUGAGUUGCAUCCCCUCCCUCAACGUCAUUCGUUCCUUACAGACCUCCACUCCUUUGUUAAGUACAGUACAGGAAGAGGACACGGCGACGCCCGACGGGGACAACAUCAAGAUGCUGCAUUAGCUGCGGUGGCUCUAACACUACCUGGCAAGGCACGCAAAAAGCGCAUAGACCAAAAGAACAAGAUAGCUGGUUUAGCACAUGGCCGAGCCUUACCUGGCAUGCCUACAGCCGAAAGAGCAGGUGGGACCGCGCGGCGUGAGUUUAACGGAUACGAUGCUGGCUUCGUCGCACGAGCAUUGGUCGGUUCGGUUCACGAGAAGAAACAAACCUUUCGACCGCCUUGUAGGCUGAAAAUCGUUUGUCGAUUGCUGAUCUGGAUUAUUCGUAGAAGGCAUAUUUAUGCUGUCAAAAUUAAGGCUUGUUUUCUUAAUCCAUCUUUCUUCGGAAGGAUCUGAUCCAUCUUGAAGCUGUCUGUCGGCCCAUAAUUCCGGGAAAAUAAGAAGCACCAAGAUACAACUUUUCAUUCAAGAUGACUAAGUAUUAAGGGCUGCAAGUUGACCUAUCAUCUAAGAGCAUCUCUAUGGCUUCAUCUUCAAGUAGGAAAGCCAUAGAUAUACGAGCUCGAGACAGACGCCAACAACUUUCAACGGCGAAUGAAUAAGUAAGGCACAACAACCUUUCAUUCAAGAUACAACCUUUCAUUCAAGAUGACUAAGUAAGGGCGAUAUCUUCUAACAAAAGGUGGCUUCGCGAACCGCGUAUGCUGGAACUGGGGAAGGAUUUCGGAGUGUGGUGGGUAGAUCACGUCGAUAAGGAUGCAAACUAUCCUUAAGGGUCAACUUUCAUUGGUCACCAUUUAGAUUGGAGUCUCUGACAUCCCUUUCGGGGGAUUCGGCAUACAAAAAAUAAAUGACAUCAAAGAGGAGACCCCCUGAGAGAACAGGGGAAAACUAUAAGGAAAAACAAGGGGAGAGGCAUGGGGCAUUUUUCCUUCACAAUCAGUGACCACUGAGUGUCGACCUUUAAUAUCCUGGCAGAAGAUACUACAUCGCGUGCAGGCUGAACACGUUGUUUUUGGAAUCGGAGGAGAAGUAUGGCAUUUUUUGAAUAGUAUGAGGUCGUGAUGUAAACCUUGAGUUUUAAACCUUGAUGAAGAUGAGGUCAUUGUUCCGCAAAAUGCCAUCCUAUUUCCAACCAACUGCUCAAACGCUUUUUUACAUCAGAUGAAACCUUCUUCAAGCAGUGGAGGAUUAUCCCUGCUCAAGCACUUCUUCAUAUCUAUUCCACUGCCAACACUAAAAACAAGCGCACCUCCACACGCUCUUUCACUUCUAACACCCAAAAGUGGAGCCUUUUAUGUGGAUCGGAAACCACCUGAGUCAUCGGAAUAGUAAGCGAUAUGUGCACAAUUCUGAGCUGGGGACAGACAAUUCGCCAUCCCAUGCAGACCAGAUACAAGGCAAAGCGUUUGGUAUGACAGUGGUUCUAGAAUUUUGCAGACCACAAAGAAACUCACGAUACGAUCAUCUGUAGUCGCGUGACACAUCAAAUGAGAAAGUAACAGAUAUUAAAGAGCAGAGUGCUGAAAGAUUGAAUUUGCUCAUCCUCAUGCUAAAAAUCCUCUUUUUGCUUCUUUACUUAUAUCAUCCACCUUCGUUCCCCCACCUCUACCUUCCUCCUUCUCUACAACCUUCGCCUCCUCCUCUGCCUUUUUCCCCCCUUUUCCCGUCCCCCCACUUCAUACACCCUGGCAACCCAUCUGCUGCUGAGGACUUGCUGCAAUGCAACGUUAUACUCUCCAAAGCUGACGUUCUCGGUAGCAUUCCUUUUGCGGAAGUUCAUCAGUUCUUCCGUGGUUUGGAUAACGAUCGCAUUGUACCGAAGGAGAGGUUUUUUUCACUCUCGCGUUUCCUCGACGAGUACUGCAGAGCAUGGGCUUUCGUUGCGGGUAGAGGGAGGAAGGGACAAGUAGACACCCAUGGACAGCCAUUGAGGAAUCUGAGUGUUAGGCGGCACCCGAUUCGGGCUCUGCAUAGUGGACCGGAAUAGACUGAGUCGAGGGAAGUCGUAUUAAGAAGUCGUGUUCUUUCAAUUCUUGAAUACUUCUUGUUGUAUCUAUACAUUUUGUUGUGAAGGAUCAAGACCAGAAGGAUUGACAUUGACUAUCUACUAUUCAGUUGGAAAAAACAAUCACAUUUUUACGCAUGAUCGCGGUUUCUUCGAAGAAUUGAAAUUCACUAUACCAGGACUGAGUUUUUAUGUACCGAUUCGAAGAAGAAGAUUCACACUGAAAUCAUUUUCUUAGUGUAAGGAGUCAUUUUCCACUUGUUUCUACUAGGUUGCUACCUAUGAUGAUGAUUGAUUUCAUGUACAGUGAUACGCACAGUCGCACCAAAAAUAUCAGACAGAAACACGGCUACUGAUUGCCAUUCUUGUUGCUAACUAUCACGACACUGCUGAAGAUUGUUGAUAUGCACAUGGAGCUUUUUCGUGGGGGCCAUAUUCAUAAGAUACGAC